AUGUUCCCUGUAAAGGAGAGCCAGAUAAUACAAUAUUUAAAUGGAUGUCUUAUGGCUGUCUAUAAUCAAAUUCCCAUCUUUCACCAAGAUAUUAGAAUAGUAAAAACAGUGCAAUUUCUUGCUUCGAUGGUCACUUUUCUGGCCAACGACACUUCUUUUUCUCAAACUAAUCUGGGUAGUCAUUACCAUACAAAUUUUCUGCUCUAUAUAUUUUACUCACUCCACUUUGUUCCCGCAUAUGCUCUCCAUCCUAUAUUUCUUUUAUAAGAAAUAUGUCAGACCAUCAAUUUUGUUAUUAUGAUUCUCAAUCUCAGUCUAACCGCUUUCAAUCAGAUUCCAAAUCUCUAUGGUCUCAGCCAAGCCUCCCAUCAGUUCCAUCCCUCACCUCCCAAGUUCACCUGCAACAGCCCAAUUUUUCCAACAUCCAGCACCAGUGCCUCACCACUCUAAAAGGCCACACCUCCUAUAUCUCUUCUCUCACCUUCGCCGGGAAGUUCCUUUAUACAGGCUCUUCUGAUAAGGAAAUCAGAUUAUGGAAACGCAACGCUCUGAACUCGGAAUUUGAACAUGAAAAUCAAACCAAUAACAUACUAGCUGUGGGAAAGGGUGCUGUGAAGUCCAUGGUAGUAUUAGCUGAUAAACUCUUCAGUGCUCAUCAAGAUCACAAGAUACGAGUAUGGAGAGUUAAUAACGAUGAUCCGGAUAACCAAAAGUACUCUCGAUUGGCGACCUUGCCGACGUUAAGUGACCGAGCAAUGAAGCUUCUCCUCCACAAGAACCACGUCGAAAUUCGAAGACACAAGACAUGCACCUGGGUCCAUCAUGUUGAUACAGUAUCUGCACUGGCCUUAUCCAGUGAUGAGACCCUUCUAUAUUCCGUUUCCUGGGACAGGACACUCAAAAUCUGGAGAACCAGUGAUUUCAAAUGCUUGGAGUCAGUAACAAAUGCUCAUGACGAUGCAAUAAACGCAGUGGCAAUAUCAAGUGAUGGAGAUGUUUAUACGGGAUCAACAGACAAGAAAAUCAAGGUGUGGAGGAAAAACUCAGGAGAGAAAAACCAUUCUCUAGUUGCUACACUAGAGAAACAUAAGUCAGGGAUCAACGCCUUAGCAAUCAGUCUUGACGGGUCUACUUUGUAUUCCGGCGCAAGCGACCGGUCCAUAGUGGUCUGGGAGAAGGAGGGAAGCGAUGGAAUGACAGUGGUUGGGGCACUUAGAGGGCAUACAAAGUCCAUAUUAUGCUUGGCUGUUGUGUCGGAUUUGGUUUGCAGUGGUUCAGCGGACAAAACAAUUAGAAUCUGGAGGCCAGGGGUCGAUGGAAAUUAUUCAUGUUUGGCAGUCUUGGAAGGGCAUAAAGGCCCUGUCAAGUGCUUAGCCGGAGCAGUUGAUCGUCACAAACCUUCUGAUACAUCCUAUGUUGUUUAUAGCGGAAGCUUGGACUGUGACAUCAAGGUGUGGCAGAUUGUUGUUCCUCUUCUCUAGAAACGACUUGGUUUUACUUACUUUUCUUCUUCUUCUCCAAUAGCCAUUUUUGUGAAUAGAAAGUAGAGUGUCGUAAUUGGUAGAGUAUAUUUCUUUUCUGAAUUCAUUUCCGUGGCUAAAGUUGCAGUAGAAUCACUGGACUGAGCUAAAGAUGCGCCAUAUUUUGGCUUCUUUUAAUGGGUAGUCAUGAGAUUUCCGAUUUCUCAACAAACAAACCACUUGCAACCAUCGACUUCAUAACAGGGAAACAAGUCAAAGGAACAAAAAGCCAACAGCUACAGUUCGUUCAGUUGUCAAGAAUCUGGCCUGUUGCUUACUGCUAGAAGCUGUUUCACGUUUUCUCUCCCCAGGAAAUUUCUUAUAAAUAAUUAUUAUUAAGUAGUUUCUAAUAUUCAAACAUGGAAACUUCUGUUCUUUUGUUUACUUCACUUUCCAACUAUCUAUCUGUACAAUUGAUAAUUGCAUUCCCUACUUUGAGUGACUAAAUAAUGUUAAGGCAAAUUUUGGUUGGAUUGUGGGAUUCAAGGAGAC